GGGCCCGCGGUGUCUCCUAGCGCAACCGGAACUAGCCGUCGCGGGGCUGGCCUCCCUGGUCUUCGGCGGCCUUGUGGUGGUCUCCGCGCCUCCCCGCCCCUCCUCCCGGCUCUGCCCCUAGGCUAGGUUGCUCUUACCCCGAAGCAGCCGUCAUGAGCGCGAGGCUGCCGGCGUCGUCUCCACCGCGGUGGCCGCGGCUGUUGCUGCUGUCGCUGCUCCUGCUAGGGGCGGGCCCAGGCCCGCGCCCGGGCAGCGCUUUCUACCUGCCCGGCCUGGCGCCGGUCAACUUCUGCGAAGAGGAAAAGAAGAGCGACGAGUGCAAGGCCGAAAUAGAACUAUUUGUGAACAGGCUUGACUCAGUGGAAUCUGUUCUUCCUUAUGAAUAUACAGCGUUUGAUUUCUGCCAAGCAUCCGAAGGAAAACGCCCAUCUGAAAAUCUUGGUCAGGUAUUAUUCGGGGAAAGAAUUGAACCUUCACCAUAUAAGUUUACAUUUAAUAAGGAGGAAACCUGUAAGCUUGUUUGUACGAAAACAUACCAUACAGAGAAAGCCGAAGACAAACAAAAGUUAGAUUUCUUGAAAAAAAGCAUGUUACUGAAUUAUCAACAUCACUGGAUUGUGGAUAACAUGCCUGUAACAUGGUGUUACGAUGUUGAAGAUGGUCAGAGAUUUUGUAAUCCUGGAUUUCCUAUUGGCUGUUACAUUACAGAUAAAGGCCAUGCAAAAGAUGCCUGUGUUAUUAAUUCAGAAUUCCAUGAAAGAGAUACGUUUUACAUUUUCAACCAUGUUGACAUCAAAAUAUACUAUCAUGUUGUUGAAACUGGUUCCAUGGGAGCAAGAUUAGUGGCUGCUAAACUUGAACCAAAAAGCUUCAAACAUACCCAUAUAGAUAAACCAGACUGCUCUGGACCCCCCAUGGAUAUAAGUAACAAGGCCUCUGGGGAGAUCAAAAUUGCCUAUACUUACUCUGUUAGUUUCCAGGAAGAUAAAAACAUCAGGUGGGCAUCUAGGUGGGACUACAUUCUGGAGUCUAUGCCUCAUACGCACAUACAGUGGUUUAGCAUAAUGAAUUCCCUGGUCAUUGUUCUUUUCUUAUCUGGAAUGGUAGCUAUGAUUAUGUUACGGACACUGCAUAAAGAUAUUGCCAGAUAUAAUCAGAUGGAUUCUACGGAGGAUGCCCAGGAAGAAUUUGGCUGGAAACUAGUUCAUGGUGAUAUAUUUCGUCCUCCAAGAAAAGGAAUGCUUCUGUCAGUCUUUCUAGGAUCCGGCACACAGAUUUUAAUUAUGACUUUUGUGACUUUGUUUUUUGCUUGCCUGGGAUUUUUGUCCCCUGCCAACCGAGGAGCACUGAUGACGUGCGCUGUGGUCUUAUGGGUGUUGCUGGGCACUCCUGCAGGCUAUGUUGCUGCCAGAUUCUAUAAGUCCUUUGGAGGUGAGAAGUGGAAAACAAAUGUUUUAUUGACAUCAUUUCUUUGUCCUGGGAUCGUGUUUGCUGACUUCUUUAUAAUGAAUCUAAUCCUUUGGGGAGAAGGAUCUUCAGCAGCCAUUCCUUUUGGCACACUUGUUGCAAUAUUGGCCCUUUGGUUCUGCAUAUCUGUGCCUCUGACAUUUAUUGGUGCAUACUUUGGUUUUAAAAAGAAUGCCAUUGAACACCCAGUUCGAACCAAUCAGAUUCCACGUCAGAUUCCUGAACAGUCCUUCUACACAAAGCCCUUACCUGGUAUUAUCAUGGGAGGGAUUUUGCCGUUUGGCUGUAUCUUCAUACAGCUUUUCUUCAUUCUGAAUAGUAUUUGGUCACACCAGAUGUAUUACAUGUUUGGCUUCCUGUUUCUGGUGUUUAUCAUUUUGGUUAUUACAUGUUCUGAAGCAACUAUACUUCUUUGCUAUUUCCACCUAUGUGCUGAGGAUUAUCAUUGGCAAUGGCGUUCAUUCCUUACCAGCGGCUUUACUGCAGUUUAUUUCUUAAUAUAUGCAAUACACUACUUCUUUUCAAAACUGCAAAUCACAGGAACAGCUAGUACAAUUCUGUACUUUGGUUAUACCAUGAUAAUGGUUUUGAUCUUCUUUCUUUUUACAGGAACAAUUGGCUUCUUUGCAUGCUUUUGGUUUGUUACCAAAAUAUACAGUGUGGUGAAGGUUGACUGAAGAAGCCCAGUGUGUCCACUUAAACCAGAAAUAAAUUAAAUUCUUCAUCAACAAAGACCUGUUUUGUGACUACCUUGAGUUUUAUCAGACUUAUUGGCCUAGUAAUCCUUCAGAAACAACAUACUUCUAAGUACACCUCUUCCCAUACACCUGUCCCCACAAAAUGUGUUUUCAACACUAAAGCAUUUGUAUUGUGAUUUGAUUAAGUAUAUAUUCAGUUGUUCUCCAUGAAGAGCAAGUUUAAAUAUAAUGUGCAUUUGUAAAUACAAUAGCUAUAAAGUUUUCAAUACUUCUAAUGGCAGAAUAGAGGAGGCCAUAAUACUGAUGAAAUGCAGGACAGUUAAUUGUAAAUAGGAUUUUCUAGGCUCGGUAGGUGGAAAGAAUUAUUUUUCUUUGAAGGAAAUAACUUUUUAUCAUGGUAAUUUUGAAGGAUGAUUCCUAUGAUGUGUUCAUUGGGGGGAAUGUGGCUUUUAAGAAUCUUGUAUUGGUUGUAACUGUUCAUAUCUUCUUACUUUUCUGUGUUGACUUCAUUAUUCCCAUGGUAUUGGCCUUUUAAACUAUGUGCCUCUGAGUCUUUCAAUUUAUAAAUUUGUUACCUUAAUAAAUAUUGUAAAAACGUCUUCAUUGCAUCAUUACCUAUUGUAUAUUCAAGGAGAUUCUGUAAAUGCAAAUGUAUUAACCAAGGGUGUUUUAAAUGAUUUAUACUAUUUUAGCAGAUUUUAUUGAAUUUUGUUAAUGUAACACUUUCUGAGUUUUAAGCUAAGUGAAAGUUCAGUCUUUUGGGCUUUGUGUCAAGUCUAAAAUAUUUCACUGUGAGGCAAUAACAAAUUUCAGUCAUCAGUAUCUAGUCAGAUAAAUUAUGUAAGUCUAGAACUUAAGUGGGUCUUAUGUUGUCAUUAAGGAUUUUAUAUUGUUUUUUAAAAUACAAUAUUUUUGAUUUUUUUAAAGUCAGGUUUUAGGAUCUAUUCAUUAGCAGUGACUAGAAAAUCUUCGUCUUUAUGAUUACAUUGUUUUAAUUUGCAUUUGACAAAUAAUUUUUUAAGAGUUAAAAUCACUUUUUCACAUUCAUCAGACUAACCAAGAUCUUUUUAUGUGGAACAUAGAAAUUUGAAAUUAUUUCAGAGAUACAAGUCUGCUUAUAUCUGUGAGAAUAUUCCUUUGUAUUAAGGGGCUCACUGCUUGCUGCUUAUGAGAACAAAUCAGACAUUGUCAUUAAACCUAUAACUAAAAUUAUUAGCUGUUGUUUAUAUGUUUCUGGGUUCUUAUUAAAUUGUUUUACAUUACUAUCUUUUAAAGAAAAAAAAAAAAAAACCUGAAGAGAGAAGGAACUCUAGUUAAUUUUAAACUCUCACAUGUAGGAUAUAAAAUAUUUUUAAUUUAUUUUUUGUAUCUUUUGCAGUGCAACUACUGAGAUAGUCUGGUUUUGACCAAACAAAGGACAAGUUUUAUUUAGACCCUUGAUUCAGACUUCAGGUUAGUUUUAUUGGAUCAAAGUUAAGCUUCCUCUCUGUAUAAUUAGCAAUUAAAAAUAGUCAACUUUA